CACAACCACCCCUACAGCCAGGCCAAAGCCAACCACAACUAUGGCCAAGCCAACACCCACCACACCAAAAUCCACCCCAACUUCAGCUAAGCCAAAACUUGCUGCAGCCACAGCCAAACCAACACCCACCACCCCAACAUCCACCACCACUACAGCCAAGCCAGCACCUGCCACAACAGCAAAGACACAACUGAAAACUGCCACAACCACAAAGCCAGAACCAGAAAGGCCUGAUCCUACUGAGGCAACCAAGAUCACUCUUUCCUUUGAGCCCACCUUAGACCCAGAUUAUAAAGUAUCUCCAGAGGCAGACACUGGAGAGCCUGUAAGCUCCUUCACUACAGAGGAUCCAGCCUUAUUAGAAAGUAUGGGCACAGCCUUCAGCCCCAGAUCAGUCCCAGAAAUAAAGAAAGGUGUCAAAGAGCAUGGGGAGGAGAAAUCAGCCUUUCCCAGUCCAUCUCCAUCCCUCAGCCAAGCUGUUCCAGAGAUGAAGCUAGGUUUCAAUAGAGCUGAGCUCAUAACCCCCUCCAAGUCAGUGGUCCUCAGCCCUGAAGAGCCCACGUUCUUGCGCUUAACAUCAUCCUCCAAAGACAAAAAAGGGCCGAGCCCCCAUUUCCAGACCUCCCUCUCAGCAGGUGCCCUGGACACAGAAGAACUGGAGACAAACUCGGACCAGACAAGUGUGGAUCCACUCAAAGGAGGAGCCCCCAGUACCUGCUUGGGCCUCUUGCUCUUCCUCCUCCCCAGUGCCAUCCUGGUGGGCCUUCUGCUCUGAAGGGUCUUCCUCAGCUCUCCCUGCACCCCUCACCAAGGCUUUUGUCAGCGCUGGUUGUUCCACAGCCCUGGCAGGCUCAGGAGCUCCUUGGACAAUUCCUGCGCUCCCUCCUUGUGCUGCCUUCUCUGCUGCAGCCCCAGAGAGCCAAGGGCAGCUGAUGCUGGGGGAGCUUUGCCCCCUUCCUGAGGAGACCUGAGGGCAGGAGGGUGUUUGCCAUAAUGCUGGUGACCUUGGAUGCUUCUCCUUUUUCCUGGCUUUCGUUCCGUUUCCAGGCUGGAAGUGUUGAGCUCUCCCACCCAUCUGCCCACAUGGCUGGCAGGUCCUGCCACAGCCUGACCCCGGGGACAGCAGGGUGACUUGGGGACAAUGAGACAUGGUGGUUGGCUUUGGUGUUUGUAGAUGAGACACAGUGGUUGGCUUUGGUGUUUUUUCCCAGCAGGAAUGCUCUUUUCUUUCCCAGUGUGUCUGUCUCAAUUUUGGACAAGUUUUACCUCUUUCCCUUCUUGUCCAAAGAGAGUGGCUGUUUUGAGGAUUUCUGUUUCCUCCUGGUUCUGGUGGAGCUCUGGCCAGUACUGCCCAGCUGUUCUCCCCUCUCCUCCUCCAUUCUGCAGCCCUUGCCUCCUCCCAAUAUUCAUUUUACGCCUGUGCCUGCACCUGUGUGCACACACAGAAGAGAAACCUUCAGAGCUGAGAGAGGCCACCAGCUCCUUCAUGUAGCUUUUCCCUGCAUGGCUUCAUUCUUUGCAUAAUUUCAGUGUAUUUGAAUUUAGAUACAGAUUCCUCUUGACGUGUAACUUGUGUGUGUGUGGUCAAGGAGAACAAGUCCCCACUUGUGCUGGUACAAUCUGAGCUCCAGAGGUACAAGUGACAUUGUUAGAGGUUAUUGGUGGCUCCUGGGCCUCUUGCAGGACCACUGGCAUUGUCUGGGCCACUGUGUUUUGUCACCCCAAAUCUCUCCUCCCUUCACCUGAGGAUUCCCAGUCAGGUGUGUUGAAUCUGUGCCAAGCUUUGCAGACAGGUGGAAGGAAGAUAAUGGGGAGGUACAGCCCCUGCUCUGGUCAUUGCAGCUUUUCAUUUCUUACAGAUGAGGUGGAGGAUGACCUGAAGGCCAUUAUUCAGAUCCUCCACUGCUGCUCUGUCCUGUGCAUCUCCAGAGCAUGCACUGAAUAAAUCCUGUUGUGAAAG